AUGGCGUCACUUGGCACCCCUGCGCAUGUUAGCAGCAACACGGCCUUGCAGUGUUCCACUUGGAAGGCGAAGCGAGUGAGGUGCGCAGUGUCGCCCCCAACGUGGCGAGAGGGGCGGCGCACGGUGUCGUUCUCUCUCCUUCUCUCCCACCUCCUUCUCAUUCCUCACCGUGGUGCUGUUCAAGCAAGUCCUUUCGAUAAUUAUAUUAAGAGAAAAAAGCUUGAUCCUCUGGAGGCUUAUGUACCAGCUGUCAUACUUACGGAGUUUCAGAUCAAGGACUUAGAAAAAACAUUAGAGGGUGAUGAACCCCAAUAUGACUUCUGUCGGUCUCUACUUCGUUCUGGACCCGCAGCAUCACUUCGAAUGAAUAUAAGAGCAGUGGCACAGUAUGCAUCCGACAGUGGCAAUGGAAAAACUGCUUUCAAUGCUGUUGAUGAAUGUUUGAGGUCACUAGAAGAACUUGAUUCCUUGCUUCUUCAUGCAAUAAGAAAUGAUCCUGAAGCCUCAGUCAAAUCAAUGAAGGCAAAAAUCAAUUCCGCCCUUAAUGCUCUAGACAGUCUCUUAAAAACUGUGCCUUCAGACGUGCUAAGUAAAGGAAAGGUUAUAGCUGAUUUAUACAGGGAACCGGAAGGCGAGGAAACAGAGAAUUUGGACCCUGAAUUAAAGCAACUAGAAUCAAUACUAUGA